AUGCUGUCUUCUCUCCAAGUAUUGAUCUUAAGCUAUGCCUCGUGUGUAGUUGUUUCCUAUUAUAUCAUUCUCAAACUUAUAGGUUCCUGGAUUUCUUCUUCUAACCAAAAUAAUAAUAAUAAAAUUUUACUACAACUCCCUCCGGGCCCGCCCAAGUGGCCCAUCUUCGGAAACCUUCUCCAAUUGGGCCCACUCCCACAUAGAGAUUUUGCGGCAUUAUCAGAGAAAUACGGGCCUAUAGUUUACCUCCAACUGGGCCGGGUCCACGCAAUCACAACCAACGAUCCAGAUGCAAUCCGCGAGAUCCUACGGCAGCAAGACGACGUCUUCGCAUCGCGGCCGCGAACCCUCGCCGCCGAGCGGCUCGCGUACGGCUGCGGCGACGUGGCGCUGGCGCCGCUCGGCCCAAAGUGGAAGCGGCUCCGGCGGAUCUGUAUGGAGCAUUUGCUGACGACGAAGCGGCUGGAGUCGUUCACGCGCCACCGUGCGGAGGAGGCGGAUCACCUCGUCAAGGACGUCGCGGCGCGGAGCGGGGAAGCCAUUAAUUUGAGAGAGGUUCUCGGAGCAUUCUCCAUGAAUAACGUGACGAGAAUGCUGCUCGGGAAACAGUAUUUCGGGGCGGAGGCGGCGGGGCCGCAGGAAGCCAUGGAAUUUAUGCAUAUUACGCACGAAUUGUUCUGGCUGCUAGGGCUUAUUUACGUCGGCGAUUAUUUGCCAGUUUGGCGAUGGAUCGAUCCGUUCGGGUGCGAGAAGAGGAUGAAGGAAGUCGAGAAAAGAGUGGACGAUUUCCAUACCAAAAUAAUCGAAGAACACCGAAGAAGAAGGAAUCAAAAUCAAAACCGAAAUCGUACCUGUAAUGGCGAAUCGGACGAGACUGAAACGGAUUUCGUCGACGUGCUGCUGUCAUUGCCCGGAGAAGAUGGAAAGGCUCACAUGGAGGACGUGGAAAUCAAAGCCCUAAUCCAGGACAUGAUCGCGGCGGCGACGGACACUUCGGCGGUGACGAACGAGUGGGCGAUGGCGGAGGUUAUAAAAAACUCUAACGUCCUGCGGAAGGUUCAAGAAGAAUUGGAUUCGGUGGUCGGCCCGACCCGGAUGGUUAGCGAAUCGGAUCUGGUCCACCUGAACUACCUCCGGUGCGUGGUCCGGGAGACUUUCCGGAUGCAUCCGGCCGGGCCGUUUCUGAUCCCGCACGAGUCGGUCCGGGCCACCACGAUCAACGGCUAUUAUAUUCCGGCGGGGACACGUGUCUUCAUCAACACGCACGCGCUGGGCAGGAAUACCAAGAUUUGGGAUGACGUGGACGAGUUUAAGCCGGAGAGGCAUUUGGUCGGCGCGGGCGGGCGAGUGGAGAUUAGCCACGGCUCGGAUUUUAAGAUAUUGCCCUUUAGCGCCGGGAAAAGGAAGUGCCCUGGCGCGCCGCUUGGGGUUACGCUGGUGCUUAUGGCUCUGGCAAGGCUCUUCCACGGCUUCGACUGGGGCCCACCGCAUGGAGAGGAUAUUGAUACUAGAGAGGUGUAUGGUAUGACUAUGCCAAAGGCCCAACCCCUAUUUGCUGUAGCCACUCCAAGAUUUCCACCCAACUUCUACAAUUGAUU